AUGGAUUUGCAAGAAAGAGCUAUAAUAGUGGCAGUUCAGCUUAAAACAGCCACAUACGCUAAGGACCGGCUGUCUUCCUUAAAUGAAGCACUAGAAAUAGUUAAGGAGGAUAAUUUAAUUGGAGGAACUGAAUUUAUCGAUCCAUUGGCAGCUCUGCUUCUAAGCACGCCUGACACAUUUCCGCCUGAAGUACCCCACAUAUUUAAAGUUCUCAAUAAGAUAUUUUCAGAAAAGAAUGGAAGAGAAUUCUCAAAUAUAUUUAUCAGCAAAAUAGGUGUAGACAACAUAAUUAGGCUUUUAAUGGAUCCAAUGAGCGAUAAAUUAGACGAUGUAAGAAACACGAUUUCAAUGCUAAUCAAGCACAACAAAGCAUUAAUCACCACAGGCAUUUUAGAGUCUAACAAACUUAGCCUAUUAAUAGAAGAAGCCUUUUUAGGAAGAGAGGUCAUACUAGAGGCUCUUGUGGAAAUUGGAAAGGACUCAGCCGCCUUUAGAAAGCUUCUUAUUUUUAAUGGGUUUGUAGAUGAGCUCAUGCGAAUAGGCAUUGGGAAGAACAGAGCACUUGCAAGGUGCGGGAUUAAGUCUCUUGCCCAACUUAUGAACAGCGACAUAGCCAUUGUAAACUACUUCUUUGAGCUGCGGUGGAAAGAAUGGGUUGAGGUCUCUAUGAAAAAUCACCCAGAAUACACUUUAAAGCUUCUUUACGCAUUUGCAUCGUAUCCAAGACAUAGAAUCCAUUUGACUCCAUUUGCGGAUUUAAUAUUUAGCACGAGAGACAUGGCUGCUUUGUACCUUCUUUCCUAUACAGAUGUGCCACAUGAAAAGUGGCUGAACUUCCUGAACAAAUCCCAGCUUAGCUCUACCCCAGUGACAUGCGCAUGCAAGCUAAACUUCAUUCUAGGAAUAUAUGCUAAUCUGGCACAGAAAAUACCAAUGCAGCUAGAAAGCAUUUCAAUUGGAACGUUUGAAUAUUUUGGGCUAAUUUCAAACUACUCAAUUAUUAUUAAUGACGCGGAAAUGGAUGAAUUUCUUUCAUUCCUUAACAAGGUCCCAUCCAUGUCUUUUUCCUGUGCUCUGCUGGCAAUUAAAACAGCAGUUUGCAUUGGGCUCAGAAAUGGAUCAGAUAAAGUUUUCUCGCCAGAAAUUCUUUUCACCCUACGAGAGCAUCUUCAGAACGACUCUCUAUCCCAGGACAUUCGCAUUCUCAUUGGGUUUUGGCUCUUCCUAGCGUACACUAAACUUAAAAAUACGCCUUCACUUGUGCACUCUCUUUUUAACGAUAUAGAUGAAACCAUUGUACCAUUAGCCCAGCGCCUUCUGACGUCUCUUACACAUUCUUUGUACAACUCAAGGUGCCAGGAGAAAGAGUGCAACAGGUGCUAUCUACCCCAGCUAAGUAUACCAAAUAUUCUACCACAGUCCAUUUCACUUCUCACUCAAACCGCAUGGCUACCUUUAACCAUGCACUCUUUCGUGCUAUUUGCAUUUGCUGAAUUUUUUUCCUGCUCUGUGCCCAUGCCUACUUAUAGGCAAAAGGAAGAAGCACCCCCUGAAGAAAAACUGCCAGAGAAAAAAACAGUCACAGAAGAGAAGACAUUUCCUGAAAAUACGCAUUCAAGUGUAGUAAGCAUAGAAAAAGAAGCAUAUUCGCAGGAUAUUCCAGAGAAUGAGUCUUCUGAGAUAUAUGAUCUGUAG